AUGCGCCCCUCCGCCGCCCUCGGCCUCGGCCUGCCUCUCGCCGUCCGGGGCUCUUCUCCCGACUCCACCGACUGGCAAUCACCCGGCCCGCAGUCCGCCUGGAUUGUGUACAACAACCCCGCCACCCCCGGAUACCAGAAUAGCAUUCUCAACCUCGUACUCACCCCUCAGAGCCAGUCGUGUACAGAUGUGCCUCCGACUAUCGCCUUUCCGAAUCAACCGGACGCGACCUGGACCUACACCUGCCACGAAGAUGAAGAAGACUACGAAACUCUGCACGUCAACGUCGGCGAGUUGGACAUGGUGAUUCGCUAUGCUCUCAGCCCCUCUGGUGCUCUUGAGAUUCUGGGCGUAGACAGCCCGUCGCAACUUGGGACGCCCACCGCGCUGCCCGAAGAGGUCUGCAGCGGGUUCAAGUGUGCUGUCGGCGACGUUGUCACCAGCGUCAAAAAGGUCUUCACCAACGUGUUCCGCCCUUGUAAAGAUGGGACGAAGAGUGAUACGGGCUCGGGGGCCGACGAAGUCGAUCCAAACGAGUCCACGGAUGUACCAAGUGACGCCGAAGACGGGGGUGCCACUAUUCAGUCCAUUGCCCAGCCUGGCCACAAGGCUGAACACCCACUCGUCGAUACCGACGAUCAAUUCAUCACCAUGAUGUCCGGCACCGCCAAUGUUCCCAGCAUUCUCGCACCCUCCGUUCCUUCUUCUACUUCCCAAACUCCCACCAUAGCCCUCGCCGUCUCUGGUAUUCUUUUAACCUUCUUCCUUAUUGGAGUCGUCCGCAAAGCUUGCUUCCCCCGUUCAGAGCGCGAGGCAGCCCGUGACGCCCGCCGACAAGCCCGCUGGCGUGCUCGCGCCGCCCGGUGGGCCUCUCGACGUGCCGCGAAGGAGCAGCGUCGCGCAGAAUUCAGGCUCGCUUUCUUCAGCUUCAUCAACCGCGUCUUCCGCACUAGUGAGACCGAAGUUGACGAGGAGAAGGUCGAUCAACAGACUGCCUCGUCGAACAGACGCCACCAGGCAAUUGCUUUUAUUAGAAAAUUAUUUGUUCGCGCCCCAGAAAGUAAAGAAAGAGAUGCCGAGUCUCAUCGCAUGGUCGCUACCGACCUAGAAGCGCAGACAUUCGUUGUGGGAAGUGACACGGAUUCCGUCCGUUGCCCAUCACGAGCCUCUUCGCGGGCUCAGUCCUUCUCCUUCGCGCGUGACAGGGACGCGGAGAGCAUCACGCUCGUUGGCACCGAGGGCUCCGAGUCCGGUUACGCGGGAUCCGACUCGGGCGAUUCGGACACCGGCAGCGAGCGGAGCGAAGGCAGCAGCGAGGGUAGCACUACGAUGGAGAUGGACCUAGCGGCGCUACGAGACAUGGCGUUGCGUGUCGGGCGAGUCAUCGGGCGGGCGAGGGCCAUCUCCGUGACGGCCUCGUUGCCGGGAUACACUACCGAGGAUGGCAGCGUGCCGCCGGCGUACGACGAGGAGACCGGCUCCGUGGCGGAGGGUGCUUCGAGGACGUCCGCUGAUGGGAAGAGGUAG